AUGCCGUCCUCGCCUGCUCAGCAAGGACAAGGAAACGAACAACAGUCUAGCAGCAAGAAACUCCUCGCCGCCGCCGUCGGUAUCCUCCUCGCCAUCCUGCUCGCGAACCUGAACAAGAUCAAGGGAUUCGUGCGUCCCUCUGCCGCAACAGUUAACAAACUCCCCCCGCUCCAAUCCCGCGCCAUGUCCUCGGAAACCUACCCCAGGGGCCAGGUGUACUUCCUCUCGCACGGCGGGCCGCCUACCAUGUUCGACACGGCCUCGGCGCCCUACAAGGCGUGGCAGAAGUACGGGCAAGCCGUGGUGGAGCAGAACCCGCGCGGCCUCGUCGUGGUGUCGGCGCACUGGGAGUCGAACAAUGACCAGAUCCUCGUCAAUGCGGACCAGUCCAACCCCCUCGUGUACGACUUCUACGGCUUCCCGCCCGAGUACUACAAGCAGACCUUCACUUCUCGCGGAUCGGACUCGAUGCUCUCAGACGUGAAGACCGCGCUCACCAGUGCGAACAUUGACUAUGCCACAACCAAGCGCGGGCUGGACCACGGCGUCUGGGUCCCCUUCAAAGUCGCCUUUAACGGGAGCACCUCCAUCCCGAUCAUCCAAGUCUCGCUGCCGGGCGACGGUAGUCCGGUGAGCAGCGCGAAACUCGGCCGCGCACUCGCGUCCCUCCGCGACAAGGGGUACGGGAUCAUGGGUACGGGCCAGGCGGUCCACAACCUCCGGGACUACAUGACAGGCGGCAGGGGGGAGUAUGGCCGCCCCUUCCUCGAUGCGAUCCAGGGCGCACUCAAGUCCAGCGAUCCGGUGCAGGGCACAGUCGGGCUGUUCCGACACCCGCUGUACAGGGCUGCGCACCCUUCCCCGGAGCAUUUGCUGCCGCUUGCUGUCGCUGCUGCUGCUACGGAUAAGCAGGAUAGGAUUCGGGAUAUCUUCGUCAAGGAUAAUGGCGCGCUGGGGUGGGGGAUGUGGAUGUGGCAGCCGCAGGCGCAGGCGCAGACACCUGUGAAGGCAUAG